CGGUCUGGAGGCUGCGGAAAGCGAAAGUGCUGUGCUUCUGGCGCAGCGCGGAGAUUGAUUUACCUCCACCUGUGUGGAGCCCCAGCUGAUCCCAGUAGGAAGCCGGGCGGCCGGUACAACAUGAACGGAAGAGUGGAUUAUUUGGUCACGGAGGAAGAGAUCAGUCUUACCAGAGGACCCUCAGGGCUGGGCUUCAACAUCGUCGGUGGGACAGAUCAGCAGUAUGUCUCCAAUGACAGUGGCAUCUACGUCAGCCGCAUCAAAGAGAAUGGGGCUGCUGCCCUGGAUGGGCGGCUCCAGGAGGGUGAUAAGAUCCUCUCGGUAAAUGGCCAAGACCUAAGGAACUUACUGCACCAGGAUGCUGUAGACCUGUUCCGCAAUGCAGGCUAUACUGUGUCCUUGAGAGUGCAACACAGAUUACAGGUGCAGAAUGGACCUACAGGACAUCGAGGUGAAGGGGACCCAAGUGGUAUUCCCAUAUUUAUGGUGCUGGUGCCAGUGUUUGCCCUCACCAUGGUAGCAGCCUGGGCUUUCAUGAGAUACCAGCAAAAACUUUGAAAAACUUGCUUUCUUUCAGUGCUCCCAAUGAAGAUACAUUUCUCCUACCCUCCGCCCCUGCCAUUCUCCCAUAUCUUUUCCUCUCUGCAUAGCCAACAAAUGAUUUAAAGUGACUAAUACCCACCCUGAACCUUGCUGUUCAAAAUCUCCAAAAUCUUCAUAUUCUCAUGGGAAAGUAAUGGUAUUGCUUGAAGGAAAGCUGAAGACAAAAAAAAAAAAAGAGGAGUUAUAUUUUUCACAGUACUUUCAAUAGAAAUUCAGCUAGUGCCGAAAGAGGAAAAGGUCCAGUCACUGUGGAUGAUCCUUUUUUCUUAGCUGGCAUGCCUUAAAGGCCAGCUGCAUGAUAGUGGAAGAAGAGAGGAUUUUUGUUGUUAAUGAUCCUUCCUUGGAAAGUUUUUGUGGCCUUUAUUUAAUUUUUAACUAUAAACUUGGUGCCUAUAUCAGAUAAAGGAGAAUGAGAAGAGCAUUUUUUACUUUUUUUACAAAACACACAUAUACAUAUGCAUAUAUAAUAGUGUGUGGUGUCGCCUAUGAAGAAGUAAAGAGGUAGGAAAGCUACUCUGUAAAGAUACUUGUGGAGCAUAUGUAGUAGGAACAAGAGUGAGCCUUAAAGAGGAUGUUCAGUCUGGGUCAUUUAAAAAAAUAACUGGAAUGACUCAUUAAAAGUCUUAGAAAAGCAACAUUUCUUCUCAUAAUUGCAAUGGUGAAGUAAGUUGCCAUAAUCCAGCUCUGCUUAUGUCAAUCCAGUCAGAAAACUUUGGGGAUAAGUAAAUCUUAACCAGUAUCUGGGCUGCCCUAGUGAUUUUCUUGGUACCUCUUUAGUUCUAUUAAAGAAAAGGCUGGAAUAGUUGUGGUUGGGGCUGUGGUGAUGGGGCCAAACUAACCCAGGGAGAAAACCCUAAAGAACACAAGAUAAUUCCUCCAGCGCAGCCCAUGGACCCUCUCAGGCCCUCAGUCUUUCUGGACUCUAGUGACAGGAAAACCUGAGAGGAGGAACUGCCUCCCUGGUGGGAUAGGUAUGAAGUCAGCUUCUGCUUCUCAUUUAGUUAAAAUGAGAGGGCCUGGAUAGGUAGUUUUUUUUGAAGGUGCUAAAUACUGUUUAAUUAAUAAACUGUUUGCAGAGAAGGGGAGGAAAAAUGUUUUGUUUGCUUUAGGGGAUAGUGGGAUUUGGUGAGUGCUUCAUGGAGCCUGUAAGGAGGAUAUGAAUGAAGGGAGACUAGGAAGUACCAAGGAUAUCCGUGAGGCAGGAACCAUCCUGUUCAUGUUUAGUUAAGGUUUGGACAGCUGAACCAAGAAAAUUUCUAGUUAAAAAAAAAAAUCAUUUACAUUCUCCAAAUAUGCUGGCCAUACUUAGGCCUUCUAUAAUUUUGACUGCAAGGUUAUAAGGAUUUGCUCUCAGGCAACGAAUUCUAUUCGUUUUUAGUGUAGACUAUCUAGUAACUAAACAGAUGUUGAUGGGACAUCAGGUUUGUCCAGACACUUUUACAAAUAAUUCAAAUGUAUAUUGCCCAAAGUGCUUUCUGGUUCCAGUCAGAGAGAAUGCUUAAAAUGAAUUAGCCACACAAGCAGGACAUUGUUAAGUUGGUAUCAAGUUUAUAUUGCAGACAGCAAGAGAAAAUUAAAGAAAUGGGUACCAUGCAGAACUUGAUGCAGCAAAAAAGAAGAUAUGCAGCCAACCAUUGCAGUCUUUUUGCCUUUUUUUUUUUUUUUUAGAAAUUCAGAAAAAGCUAUCACAUAAUGGCAUCAGACUAGAUGGGAAAGAGAAAGCUUUUAAAAAUGAAAGGUCCCGUAAGACCUUGCCUCUGGGUCAACUGUUAGUAUCAAUCCUAGCAUAACUAUGCCUUUUAACCUAAACUGUUCAGUACCUUUGAGACUCACUUACACAACUAGACUCAUUGUAGGUUCCACAGAGAAACACUGACAGCAUUCCAGUUGGCACUUCAACCAGCCACAUUCUGGGGGCACUGCCUCUGGUGCCUUCUGCGCGGCGGCUUCCACGGCGUGUCUGCGCACCGCCCAGCAUUUUUAGGAUUUGGACAUUAACUCCUGACAGGACCUUGAGACACACAAAAUGAAACACAUGGCAAGCAGGAAAGAAAAGGUCUUUGGUUAUGUUUCUUAGUAUAUGUAAAUAAAAGAAGAAAAAAACACCUAUCGCAUUGUUAGUAGAAGUUUUGCUUUGGUUAAUAAUAGGGAUUCUGAUGCACUUUUUUGUCUCAGAAAUUAAAUAGGCUUUACAGAUCUGUAUAUUAAAGUUUUAGGCAGGUACACUAAUUCUGAUUUUUAUGGCAAACUAAAGUGAUCAUAGAUGAGGUAUCAGAAUCUGUUAUUGAUUGUAAAAAAAAUUCCUGUUCUUUUUAGAUGAAUCUAAUAUACCUGCCAUUUUAUAGAUUGUAAUAAUGUUCCUACCACCUAAAUCAUUAUGUUUAAAGUUUUGAAAAUUGAACAAAGGUAUUUUUAAGACCCUAUACUUUCAGGCAUUUCUCUCUAUUUUUUAAUUCUGUUUUGUAUAUAAUUCUAAUAAGAUAUUGUUUGCUUCAAUUGUCUCUAUUUUCUUUUCCUGCAAAGUUUUAGUUUAUAUGUUAUUAAUUUAAUUAAUUGUACUAUCUAGCCAUGGAUAAUGGGAAAAAGGAGUUGAUACUUGUUAUUGUGUUCUGUGCCAGGGACUGUACCAAACUGGAAUUGGUACUUAUUUACAUAUGCCUCACAACUCUAGGAUCUAAGUAUUGUUAGAAAGAGGCUAAAGAUGAGAGAGUAAAUUACUUCUUAAGAUUCCAUAGGUGGUAAUAAUAGAAUGAAGACUUAAACUCAGAACUUUUGGUGCUAUCAUCAAUGAUAUUACCUCACUGGUAGUGGUUCUCAAAGCAAGGUCUCUGAAAUGAAAAUGUCAGCAUUACUGGAAACUCACGCCAGACCAAUUAAACAGGAAUCUCUUGGGGUGGGACUGAGGCAGCAGUGAAAUGAAGUUCAUCAGGUGAUUUCCAGUGUACAUCCUUCGUUGAAGACACUGGCAUUUAAACCUUGACACUAUUUAAAUUAAGUUACAUACAGACAUUGCUCCAGCCAAAAUCAAAAACUUCGGCCUUUUCAGAUCUCAGCUCUCUCAGCUUCUGUCCCAAGUAAGAAGUGGAACAUUCUUUCAGCACUAAUUCAGCACUAAUUCUUUCAGCACUAAAGACUGAUCAGCCUCCAGCAAAAUGUACAAUUAGUGAGCAUUUCAGUUUGUGCAUCUAUUAAAUUACAACCAAGUCAUAGAACAUUGACGCUAAUGAGGAACCAGAACCAUGAAUCUGUCUUAGAGAUGAAAAAAAUCAAGGGUCAAGAGAGGUGAGCUCACUUAACUAUGAUCAGACUGUUGCGGAGAUGACCCUUGUGUCUCAUAUUUGGGUUUUGAAUGUGUUCACUAUGUAAACAUAUAUGAAACUAUCUGUUUUGCCUCAGUCUACUUCCAUCUUCUCUCCCUGGGCCUGAAUAGAGACCAGAGGAACUGAUAGACAGGUAAAAGGUAUUGUAAGCAUCAUUACCGGAAGAUUCCAUAAAGCAGUCUGAGAAAAAUCUAACAUCAAAUGCAAUCAGAUGAGUUCUGAGAUUAAUAGUUGUAAACUAGGGAUGUUUUUGACUGCAGUCAAUAAGCAAUUUUAAAAAUGUUUAUUUAAAGAAAAACACAAGGCACUAUAAGACUGUCAAAUAUAUGGUGAAAUACAGUUAAUGUAGUUUCAUGUAGAGCCAAUAAAGAUUUUAUUCUAGUCAAUUUUAGUGGAAAUUUAUCUUUGGAAAGAGUUCCCUUCAUUAAGCAAGUAGCUAGUGACUGCUUACUGUGUGCUAGGUGCUGAAAGUACAAAGAUAUUUUAUUUAAGAUACAAUCACUCUAAACUGAAAUAACUCAGCAUAUUAGAGUGGGGAAACAUGUGGGUGAUCCUGAUGUUAAAAGUAUUUUUCUAACAUUACCUAGAAGGUUUGAGUUAGGGAACUCUCUACCUCUUGCCUAUAGUAGGUUUAGAGUUGGUUGCUAUCUUAGGUUAAGAACUUUUGGUUGUUUCUAUUUUAACUGUAAAUCUUUUUGAGACCAGUUCUCACAACCAAAUGGGCAGUUGUGAUGAAAAGACAGUAUUUUAAGAAUUCUACUCUGAUCAAAGGAAUUCUGCUCUGAUCAGAAUCAGAUUCUUAAUGCCAUAGACUCACGUGUGAUACUGAUAUUUAUAUACAGAAUACAAAGCACUUGACCUGCUUACCUGAAGCACUUAAUGAUACUGCAUAAAAACCUAUAUUGUAAAAGCAUUGCUGCAUUUAAGGAAUCAAGUUAGAGCAAACACUAGGUCCUAUUUGUAGAAGUUUUCCACACUGUUCAUGUUCUCUUUUUGCAGGGGAAAAAAGGGAAGAGGGUAGAGAGGGCUGAAGUAUGUUUUCAAAUACAAGUCAAUUAUUAAUCAACAGUCAUUUACAAAAGAACUUUAUUUAAUCAUUAAAUUUAUUGAUUAAUCACAGGAAAAUGGGAUGAUCCUUCUUCCUAGUUUGUAGAUUUCAAAUGGAGACACAGAUUGAGUCACAUUUUAAUCUCAUAUCUGCAAUGCUGAUGGCGAAUUUGCUUACAGAUAUAUGUGCAAUUUACCUCCAGGCCAAAUUCUUAUAAAAAUUAUUUUUCUUAUGAACCUUAUUUUGUUUUGCUGCCUUUCUACUUUUUAAAAUCACCUUGCAUCCCUGGAUAUAAACAGCAGUGUCUCAGAUCCAAUACAGUCCUGUAGCAACUUGGAAGACACAUAGAUACAAAACAUUAUCUAGGGACUAUCAUGACAGAUUAUGUUAAUGAGGUCAUCAAAAUCUAUGAUGAUCUCUCUUAAGCUUUGCUAUUUGAUAUAAGAUACUGCACAUGAGAUAAUAGUUUAUCUAACUGUGCCUAGCCAGUACUGGCAUUCAAUAAAAACUUCCUGAAUUUGCCAUUGAAUCUUUGCAAUCUUUUUUUCAUCUUACUUUGGAAACUGUUGGUUAAAUAUCUACUUUUUCUGCAUCCUUGUUAGAGCAACACAUCUGACAGAAAAAUGAAAAUGGGAAAGAAAUUUAAAUGAUCAAUUUGAAGCUUGGCUUUGACAUAGGAGAUAAAUGUCACUAUCAUGACAUUGCGAAUGAUAGUAAUAAUGAACAAGCAAUUAUAGAAUUAUUACUAAUAUUCCAGCUUUUGUUCUAAGCCCUUUGCAUAUAUUCAUUUAAGCCUCAAAACUAUGAGAUAACUGCUAUUAUUUCCAUUUUACAGAUGAGGUAAGCAGAGCAUAGAGAGGUUAAGCAACUUGUCCAGGUUAUAUAGUUACUAAGUGACAGAGCUGGGAUUUAAACUCAGGCAGUCUGAGUUCACAACCUGUGUUCAUAACCAUAACAACACUAUACUGUCUUCCAGUUUCUGUGGUAUCAGGUACUGCAUUGGGCCAUCCUUUUUGCACAAUUAAUAACAAAUUCUCACAUCUAUGCAAAGCGCUAUGAACAUUCCCAUUUUUAUAGAUAACGUAACUCAAUACUUAAAGAAGUUAAUAACUUGCUCAGAUACAUAGCUAGUCAGUUCCACACCUGGGAAUGUACUUCAAGCCAAUGAGGAGUCCAUUGCUCUCCUACCAUUCUAGAAAUUAAAGUUUAUUAUGUUCAAUUUGAUUUAACUAUACUGUCACAGCCUUCCAUUAUAGAUAAUAGAAAAUUGCACUAGGUUAAAUGUUCUUUAACAGGAGCAAUAGCAGCACCAUUCUGUAUAUAUAUACAAUGUUUGAAAGCAGUGACCAAUAUUUGCUAUCUUACUUGCAUCCCUUCCAUUCCCCAAAGAUACAUAGAAGGCAGAAAUGAGUUUAUGCCGUAGGAUGAAUACAGACUUGUCAGAACUGAAUAUUGACCUUUGGCCCGAGUCAGGUUGCCUAUAGCAGCUUCCUUUGAUAUGAAGAGAAAAGGCAGUUUACACUGUUAAGCAAAGUUCAGACCUGUAGUCAAGUUGCAAGUCAAUAACUAGUAUAGAAUGGCCUUUUUCUUCCUUGAUGGGCAAAGUUGUGUCACUUACUGAUUACAUAAUCGAUUACCCACUGUAAAGCUAAGUGCUUAAAACAAAUGUACUAACAAUUUUCUUUAAAGAUAUUGUCAGUUGACUAAGUAUUUCUUCUGCUGAUAACACCUGGGAUCACUCAUGAAGCUGCAGUCAUCUGAUGGGUAACCAGGGUUGGGUGGUCCAAGAUGGUUUCUGGCAGUGCUGGCUAUUGACUAGGGUGCCUUGAUUGUCCAUGUGGCCUCUCUUCCAGUAUACUCGACUGGACUUCUUCACAACACUGGGGGCCUCAGGGAAACAUCCCAAGAAGGCAAGCAAUGUGAAUACAUUAUCGAGCCUUUGCAUUUGUCACAUUUGCUGAUGUCUUAUUGGCCAGAGCUAUUCAUGGUCAAGCCCAGAGUCACUGUGGAAGGGGACUCCAUCUCCACCUCUUGAUGGAAGUAGUGCAAAGAUUUUAUGGGCAUUUUUAAUCCAGCACAGAAAGAAACCAGACUUAAAACAGCAAAGACAAGGGGUUAGCUAACUUUUUCUUAAAGGGCCAGAUAGUAACUAUUUUAGGCUAGCAGGUUUCAGGUCUUUAUAGUGUGAAAGCAACCACAGACAGUCUAUUAGCAAAAGGGUAUAAAUAAAACUUUAUUUACAAAAACGGGAGACCCUGCCAGACUAUAGUUUGAGCAUCACUGGUAAAGAGUAUUGUAUGUUGAGAUGGACCUUUGGGAGUAAAAAUGAGAGGAUAGAGCUCCCAAAGGUUGGCCCCUUUGAGCCCCAAAUUGAAAGGCAUUGACUCAUUUCCUAGGAAUGGUUCUUUUUAAAAAAAUAAGUUCUUUAAGAAAGCGAAGCCAGGCAAACUCCAACAAAAGUUUCUUGAGUAGCUUCAGCAUUAUCAGACUUGACUGAGCACCCAUCACGGCCAUGACAUCAUUCAGGAUUCAAGGAUUCACAUAAAAAUAUUAGCCAGAUUGAGUACUCCCUUUGUAGAAGUUAUUUUGUUUAAUGCUUAAAAUAAGCCUAACAUCAAAAUUAGUUCCCCCAUUUUAAACAUGGAAAAAUAGAGAUGUGAAUUACUGUUCUAGCUGUUUUAAGGGAGUCAAGAUUUGAACCAGAACUUUUUCUGUGCUCCUUCUACACCACCACAUUUUUAUCUUUUGAUUCAAUUCAAGAGGGAAAUAAAGUAUAUAGAAGAAUAACAUAUUCACAGGAAAUUUUUGGAUAUCACUUCAGGUGCAGAUGAAAGAUAGGGAAUAAGUAUGGUAGGUAGUUUUACCCUUUGGAAAAUAAUAUGUAAUAAUAGAAAAAUUGAGGUAUAGCAAGAAGGAGAUGACUGCCAUUGAGAAGAAAAUUUGUUAAUCACAGUUCUGCAGAGAAGGGAGCAUACCACAGCAUGAGGCUUCCUACACGGAAGCACUGGGUUUGUAGGGAGGAGGGCGUGUCGGCAAGAGUCUUCACUGGUUUUCAUGGGAAGGAACAAGUGAGGCAGGGUAAGCAAGUUUAGAAUUGGCUCAUUUAAAUACUUUCAUUGGGUUCUGUGGCAUAAGGGCUGUCCUUAGUUGUCUGGUACCUGGCCCUGGGAUGAGUAGAGUAGGCCUAGAAUAUAAGAGCUUGAAAAAGGAGGUGGUUGGGGAUGUGACCCCUGGAUUGGUUGGUUUGUGUUUGAGAGGUACACUCGUGUGUAAGUUUUUUACCAUCUCUAAGAAUUGGCUAACCAUGGGAGAAGCAGUCCGCCCAAGGUCAGCAAGGCCUCAAAUGUAAAAGAAUCAGAAUACAAAACAUAAAAGACGUGACUAAGGGCGGCACCUGUGGCUCAGUGAGUAGGGCGCCGGCCCCAUAUGCCGAGGGUGGCGGGUUCAAACCCAGCCCCGGCCAAGCUGCAACAGAAAAAUAGCCGGGCGUUGUGAUGGGCGCCUGUAGUCCCAGCUGCUCGGGAGGCUGAGGCAGGGGAAUUGCCUAAGCCCAAGAGUUAGAGGUUGCUGUGAGCCGUGUGAUGCCACGGCACUCUACCGAGGGCGGUACAGUGAGACUCUGUCUCUACAAAAAAAAAAAAAGACGUGACUAAUACACUGUCACAGCUGCGUCUGGUGGUAGGUGCCUAUAGUCCCAGCUACUCUAGAGGCUGACUCAGGUGGAUUCCUUGAGCCCAGAAGUUUGAGGUUGCAGUGAGCUAUGAUGACGCCACUGCACCCUAGCCCAGCUGACAGAGCAAGACCCUAUGUUUCAAAGAAAGGAAAAUUCAUAAUUUCAUUUUAUAUACCUUUCUAAAAACCUUGGUUAGCUAAUUUCCUAUCCCAUAAUAAAUUAUUUUAGUUAAAAUAAUGUCUAUCUCCUAUCACUGUAUGCUAGAGUCUGGCAGUGAUACCUACCAAAACCCCACGCAGUUAAUGGGGAGUGGUUCUUGCAUUUCAUAGUUUUCAUCUGUCCUCAUCCACAGUGGAACUGCAUUUCAAACUCUGUGCAUGAGAUCAAUGGUUAAUCAGGAACCACUCUACAGAAAAGAGGUUUUAAUCCAGCUUUGUUGGACAACUACCAUUAUCUGAAGCAAAGGCUAUUAAUCUGUCCUAAUAGUGUUUUCAGCCACAUCAAAUGCCCUUGCACACCCAGUAGUCCUUGGGACUGUUUACUUCAAGGACCUGUUUGCUUUAAGCAUUUCAUUCUGUUUCCCAAUGGUUAUCACCAACUGCUCACAUUGUUCCUUGAAUCUUAAUCCAAACCAACAUCCGGUUUUACUUGGACUACUGCAUUAGCUUCCUAACUGUCCUCUGUCACUAUCCCCUGGAUUCCUUUGCAGUUUUUCUGCACAGACUAUCUAAAGAGAUUCUGGUAAAACAUGGAAUCAAUUGUCUCUUUCCUGCUUAAAAAUCCCCUAGAAAUUUCUUAGGAGUCAGUCCAAAAUACUUGACAUAACUGAUAAGACAUUGCAUGAUCUAGUUCCUACGUAUUUCUUCAAACUCUCUUCAUUUCCCACUGCAACCUUUUAUUCUGACACCUGUCCUCAUUGGUCUUUCAGUAACUCAAAACUGCCAGGCUCCUCACUGCAGGGUUUUCCCUCAGACGUUGAGUGUGUGUAUGUGCAUGUCUUCUCUUCCACGGAUUUUCUGGCUAAAUUCUCACUUGGUAUCAUUUCCUCAGGGAAGUCUUUUCUCUCUUUUCAAGCUUGGUUGGUCAAGUCUGAGAGCACCUUAGACUUGAUUCCCUUAAUACAUCCCUUCUCCCCCAGGUGAACUUGGUCAGACUGCAGGAGGCUUCUCUCCACAGCCUAACUGGAAUCUCUUCUGAAUCCUCCAUAAAUGAACCCUGUAACAUUUUUUUUUUUUUAAGGACAGUGAAGAGCUUUGCUUCCAGAGAGGACAUAAAGGACAAAGCUUAAGAAGUCAAAUACUUCCAGAAACCUUCAAAUGACUAGAAAACGUGGUCUUUGAUCUCAGCUCUGUGAUCAUAUAUAAGUUGCUGAUUGUUGGAGGUUCUUUUGGUCUUCGUGAGUUUUCACAAAUCCGAUAUGACGCUGUGAAGAUUAAAAUUGAUCCUGAAUUGGAAAAAAGACUGAAAGCGAAUAAAAUAUCUUUAGAAUCAGAGUAUGAG